CUAAGCAACUCACUCUCGGUAGAAGAGAAAGCACAAUCUCACGUCUGUUUCAUGUUUCAUUGCUGUUCUUCAACUCCUUAACAUGGCAAAAGAAAGCGCUUCAGAUCAAUUUAGAAGGAUUUCUGCUAGACUUGCAGGCUCCAUAUCACCUUGUCUGACUACAGUGUCAAUGUAUCUUAAUGCUAGGAGACUGAUAGCACAGGAGCUACAUGAUGAAAUGAUUAAUGGUCAUGAUAUUGAUGCAAAAAAAGCUGCCAAGCUAGUAAAUGCAAUACAGACUACUCUUGAUUCCCACACUGAUCCUGAGGCAUAUUUAAAUGACGUGUGCUCAGCAUUGAAAGAUGUUGGAGAGAAACAAAUCACUGAUAUAGUGAAUGAAUUGGAACGAGAUAUUGUACCGCCUACUGCUAGUGCUAAACCUAUUAGUACUGAAGACUUAGACACUCCAGCUGCUGACAGAAUACCAGACACUCAAAAUCCACUCACAGAAGAUGCUGUACAUGAAUGGUUAAAAGAAAGCACAGUUGAGCUAACCAUUAAACGUGUUCAAAUGCAUGGCCUCCCUGGCUCCGGUAAAAUGUAUUCUCAGCGUCUCUUGCUAAAUGAAGACCCACCCAAAGAAGAUAACACCACACCAAUAGCUUGUCGUGCUGUCAAAGCUACAAGAAUAUCAUCUCAUGAUGGUCGUAUGGAAAUAGUUGAUGCUAAAGCUCUUCUUUCAAGGCUAGCACAUAAUCUAAAGGAAGCCGCAGCAAAACAGAAGGAACCCUCACUAGAAGACCAUGACGCAAAAUCAAAAGAGUAUUCAUCAAAAACUAAUCCUACUGAUAUCGAUGAGAAGCUUCAGCAGAAUCAUCGAAUCAAUGGAGUAUCAUUUAUUCAAGGUGAUCCUUUUUCGUACACAAACAUUCAGUUUUUGAAAGAUGUUCUAUCUUCUGGAUCUAUUUUACAGCCUUACCUUGCACCUGGAUCAGAAGAAAACACCAGUCCUGGAUCUGCAACUCCUCAAUUCCCACAAUAUUUUGUCCUGGGUACACACAAGGAUAAAGCAAAGCAAGAAGUCAUUGAGCAAUAUAAUAAAGAGCUAUCAUUAUUAACGUCUGGGUCUGAGAAAAAAGGCUAUCGCAUCAUUCCUGCCAUUGAAAAUGGUGAUAUAAUAUACGCAGUCAAUACAAUGCUUGAACCUGGCCCUGAAAGAGAAGCUGAAGCCAAAAGGCUUUGCAAAAUGAUACAUAAAAAAGUUUCUGAAGAUAAAAUCCGUAUACCUAUUCGAUGGUUUGCUUUUGAGUUGACUUUGCUAGGGGAAGCAAAAGGCCGCAGUUUCCUUCAAAUGGGUGACGUCUUAAGUGCUGGUAGAAGCCUUCAAAUGACCAAAAUUGACACAAUGAAAGCUCUACAAUAUCUUCACAAUGUUACCAUUAUUCUUUAUUAUCCUCAAGUUUUGCCAGAUUUUGUAUUUGUUGAUCCUCAUCCUAUUCUUGAUAUUCUCUCACGUCUAUUAGCUCUAGCUACUUGUCAAAUACCACGAAAAAUUGUAAAGCAAGGUGUACGUCUCUCAGAAUUUGAAAUGAAUCAUUUAACGAAGAAUGGCUUUUUCACCCAAGCACUCCUGGCAAAGUUAGAAGUUGAUGUGGAUUUUCCUAAGUCUGAUUUCAUCAAGCUUUUGCUUCACUUUCACAUCAUUAUUGAGACAGAUGAACAGGGUAAGUAUUUCAUUCCUUCUGCAUUGCCACCUUGUCCUAAAACCAGACAGCGUCCAGAAUCAGAUAUUGACCCAUUACAAAUAAUCUGGCCCAGUCCUGUUAUGGAACAAGAAGAAAAUCCCCGUGUGAUUUUGCCCGUUCCUUGUGGAAUUUUUCCUUUGGCAAUUGUCAAUUUAAUGAAGCGCACUGAGCAACCAAAAUUUUGUUUUCCUAACACAUCUUCCCAAUGCCUCAGAUAUCGAGAUGCUAUGUCAUUUCGUGUUCAUCACCAAAAGAAUUACAUAGGCACCAUUCAUAUCAUUAAGAAACACGAAUGCGUUAAAGAGAGACAAAUUGAACACAAACAUAUUGAGAUUUAUUUUGAAGGUGAUACUUUGAAAUACUGUCCGCUAAUUUGUGAAGCAGUAAAAGAAGCUAUUGCUAGCAGUUGUGAAGCUCUUCAUAUAAAACCUGAUGGUUAUGAGUUUGCCUUUGCCUGCCCUUCUACAGAGGGCUGCUACCGUAUUGUCACAAAUGAAAAUGAAAUGAAAGUUCAAUGCACCUUAAAAUGCCCAAUGCCACCUAUUAUCACUGGGAAAGAGAAGUAUUGGAGCUGGUUUAGCCAGAAGAGCUUAACUGAAGGUACUGUUGCUACUGCUACUGUAACUAAUGAAAUUGAUAUAAAAAAAAUAGAAAAAUGGCUGAAAGAAGGUGAAGUUAAGCUAGAAAUCACUCGUAUCAAUAUGCAUGGUGCACCUGGAGCUGGUAAAACGUGUUCACAACACCUUCUACUUAAUGAGCCACCACCUGAGAAACUCACUGAUAGUACACCAAUAGCUUGUCGCGCUGUUCAAGCAACAAGAAUAUCCAUUGAUCAUGAUAAAAAUAAGAAAUGGGAAAGGGUUGAAAUUAAGGAUUUACUUAAUAAACUAGCUUUUCAUUUUGAAAAAAAAAAGAAAGAUGAAGAAAUAUCUACAAAAGCACCUAAUCAUUCAACUGAACAAUCACUGGAAAAACCAACCGAGAAUGAACCAGCACCAACUGAGAAUGAGCCAGCACCAACCGAGAAUGAAGCUGCACCAACCAAGAAUGAAGCUGCACCAACCGAGAAUGAAACUGCACCAACCGAGAAUGAACUGGUACCAACUGAGAAUGAAGCAGCACCAACUAAAAAUGAAGCAGCACCAACCGAGAAUGAAGCAGCACCAACUGAGAAUGAACCAGUACCAACUGAGAAUGAAGCAGCACCAACCGAGAAUGAGCAACUCGAGAAUGAUGAAGCCAUAGAUAAACCUACUGAGAAUGCUGAAUCAAUCAAAAUAAAACUGGCUGAUACGGAAGUAAUUAAAAAAAUUGCUGAUGCUAUUGCAACUGGAAAGUUUCAAGAAUUCAGCACAAAUUGGGUUUAUUUUAUUGAUUCCGGUGGUCAACCAGCAUAUCGAGAGUUGUUACCUCUUUUUGCAAGAGGAGCUGCACUGAAUAUCAUCACCAUUGAUCUUACCAAAGGUCUUGAUGAGAAGUGUGAGUUUCAAUAUCGUAUUGAUCAACAUACGUUGUCUAUUGAUAUAAAACUGCAGUAUUCUAAUCUGGAUAUUAUACAAUCUACAAUUAGCUCUGGAGCUAUGUUGAAUCCCAUUGAAAUUCCUUAUGUUUCUGUCUCUGAGUCUGACGAAUCUAAGCACUCUCAUUAUCUUAUACUUGGAACACAUAUAGAUAAGCUGAAAGAGAAAGGUACACUUGAUAAUAUGAAUAAGAAGCUGAUAAAUGAAGGUUUUAACAAUCUUAUUAAGCAAAAUGAAGAUGGAGGCUCAGUUAUAUUUCCAGUUAAUACGUUGCUCCCUGCUGAGUCUAAGGAAAGAAAAGAAGCUAGUGUAAAGCUUUGUACUGCAGUUUCAAAUUGCAGAGUUGCCAUGACAAUAAAGUUACCAAUUCGAUUGUUUACUUUUGAGAUUUCACUGCAGUUGGAAGCUAAGAAGAAGAAUCAAAGUUUCCUUACAAAAGAAGAAGUUAUGGAACUCGGUAAACCUCUCAAACUUAUUGAAUCAGAUAUUAAUAAAGCUCUGGAAUUUUUACACAAUGUUACUAUUAUUCUUUACUAUCCUGAUGUCUUACCAAAUAUAAUAUUUGUUGAUCCUGAACCAAUUCUUGAUAUCCUUUCACGUCUAAUAGCUAUCAGAUAUGUCGACCAUAACAAUCGUCAAUUUAUUGCUAAUCCACCUCCUUCACCAGCUAUAACAUGGGAUCUUGUGAAAUAUGGCCUUUUUAAAGAAGAUCUUUUAAAAAUUAUUGGUAAACAAAAAAUUUUUAAUAGUGAUUUUGAAUCAUUUCACAUGAUUGAUCUUCUAAAGCACCUCCAUAUCAUCGCUGAAGUAAAAGAAAAGAAAAACUCGUGUCAUAUGAUCAAGUUUCUACUUCUAAGGCUCCUCCAAAUUGUUACUGGAAAUAAAAAAGAAAAGAAAAAUAAAUAUUUCUUUCCGUGUGCAUUACCAUCUUGUGGCAAGCUCAAUGACCCACCAACAGAAAUACAACCACUUCUUAUAGCAUGGGAGAUUGGUGAUAGCAAUGAAACAACUCUAGCCAUCCCUCAAGGAUUAUUUACUUUAACCAUUGUACACCUUUUGGAGAGAAAAGAUGAAGUAGAAUUUAGUCCUCUAAAGUUGAAUCCUUGUUACAGAUAUAACAAUGCAAUGUCACUUUGUGUUUAUAAAAAAUACCACAUAGAUAUCAUCAAUUGCUAUACACAUCUUGAAAUACGUGUUCGUGGUCGUUGUAGAGACAUUUGUCCAAAAAUUCGUGAAAUAGUCUCAAAAGCUGUCAAAGAAAGCAGCAAGGAUCUCAAACUUAAAAAAGAUAAUAAGUUUGUUUUUGCUUUCAAAUGCCCCCUCCAAAAAACUUGCAUUGUUCAGAAAGAUAAUUGUUCUACCUUGUGUCCCUGUGAAGACCAAUGUGAGGUACUGAAAGGUGAUGAUGAUAGCUAUAGAUGUUGGUUUAGUGAUUAUCAAAUUCAAUCAUCCAGUUCAGAUACAGUGCAAGUGCCUACUCCCCCACAUGAUGCACUACCAAAUGAAGGCAGUUGCUCAAAAGAAGUGCAAAACUACCAAUCUAAUUACAUAAAAAAUCCUGCAAAGAAUUGGGGUUGUUACAUGUUUGUAAUUUUUUUGGCUGUUGGUGUUGUUUUGGCUGGUGUGGCUAUGAACCGUUUUGUGACAGUGGAAAAAAAUACUAAUAAUAUUGAAAAGUUCUUGACUAUCAUGACUCAUAUAGCUACUGGUACUUUACCAACACAGCCUCAUCAAUACAGUACCACUGUUAAUCCUGAUAAUGAUGGAGUUGGACAGCUAGGUAUAGAGGAUCUUGAUAAAGUGCUAACAGUGUUACAAGAAGCAAUGUUUGGUUCAGCAGAAUGGAAUAACUUGGGGCUGAAGUUAGGCCUACUAGAGCCAACAACACUUGAUGUUAUUGAAGAUGGUGGCGGUGAUGCACAUAAGAAACUAAAGAAGACUAUAGGAGCAUGGCUGAGAGGAGAAGAUAAGGUAACUAGUAGAACAUGGCAGACUUUGAUAGAUGCUGUGAAGGGAACAGGAGACCGUGCAGCUGCUGAAAGAAUACCUGAUAAACUGAAAUAACUUUAUGAUAUUACCCUUUAAUAAUAGUAUUAAUAUUUUGA